UUAAGUUUCGCCAAAAAAAUUAUUCAUUUCUCAUUUUAAUUUCCAAUAAAGUUGUACAUUUGAAAGUAAUAAAAUGCAGCUCUGGUUCUCGGUUGCAGUAAUACUCUACCUGACAACUGAAAGUUGUUGCUUAUCAAUCAUUCCCGCAUUACCAGCUGUACCUGUAAAUACCGAUGCAUUGCCUACGAAUGGUGGAUCUCCUUUAGCACUUCCAUCCGCAGUACCUGAACUUCCAGUCGCAGUACCUGAACUUCCGGUCGCAGUACCUGAACUUCCGGUCGCAGUACCUGAUCUACCAGUCGCAGUGCCUGAACUACCACUCGCAGUACCUGAACUACCAGUCGCAGUACCUGAACUACCAGUCGCAGUGCCUGAUCUUCCAGUUACAGUACCAGAACUACCAGCUACAGCCUCAAUACCUGAUCUACCACUAGCUGUUCCUGAUCUUCCAGUGGAUAUACCACUGGCAGUUCCUGAUCUUCCAGUUGAAGUUCCCAAUCUUCCAAUUGGAGUACCUAAUCUUCCAAUUGACGUUCCUAAUCUUCCAAUUGGCGUUCCAAAUCUUCCAAUUGAAGUACCUAACCUUCCAAUUGAAGUACCUAAUCUUCCAAUCGAAGUUCCUAAUCUUCCAAUUGGAGUACCUAACCUUCCAAUUGAAGUACCUAAUCUUCCCAUCGAAAUACCUAAUCUUCCAAUAGGAGUUCCUAAUCUUCCUAUUGGGGUUCCUAAUCUUCCCAUUGACAUUCCUAAUCUUCCAAUUGGAAUUCCUAAUCUUCCAAUUGGAAUUCCUAAUCUUCCAAUUGGAAUUCCUAACCUACCAAUUGGCGUACCUAAUCUUCCUUGUGUGCCAGUCACUAAUACAAUUCCUGAUCUAAACAACUUACUGAGUGGAAUUCCUGGCCUAAGUCAAUUAUCCAGCGUUGGAGAUCUGUUAUCAACUCUUCCUGGUCUUGGGAACCUUUUAACUGCUUUGCCGACGCUUGGAGGCCUGCCAGGUCUAUUAUCUAAUUUGACAAGUGCUUUAACAUCGACAUCCGGAUUGGGCAACCUACUUCAAUCUGUGCUAUCUGUUCUAAACACUAUAUUGGCAUCAAUUUCAACAGUCACAGGUCUACCCUACGGAAAUAUUGUAUCUAGCAUACCUUUGCUUCGUCCUCUUCUUAAUGGCCUUGCAAUAAACUUGCCACAACUUUCUGCUCAAGGUGGCACAGGAGCAUCAGCUAAACUUCCUUGCGGAUUAAAACUAGACGGCCGUGGAGGAUUAACUGAACUACUGAACACGGUUUUGGAUUUUCUGAGCGGUUUGUUCGUGGCAACUCCAAAGCUUCUCGCUGGUCUACCAUUAAAUCAAAUAUUAUCCGGUCUUCCCAGUUUGAAUGGAAUUUUACCGAAUUCUAUACCAUCUGUUCCCGUUGCGCCAUCACUACCGGUUUCUACUGCACCUAUUUCGUCAGUGCUGGAUGGGAAUACUUGUGGUCGUUGUGGAGCGUUGAUUGAUAUUCACAACAAUGAAAUCAACGGAUUGAAAAUUGUUUUGGGCUGAAGACAUUAAAGAGUCAACGCUGCUGCUAUCAUAACGUUUAAUUCAA